AUGGCAAGUUUCUCAAAGAUCCUCAGCAAGACUGAUGUUAAUAAGAGACUGACAGUGCCUAUCAAGUUUCUCAAAUCUCUUCCAUCAUUCGACGGGGGCCAUGCCGUAAAGUUUGAAGCUAGAGAUGAGGGAGGUGAAGCCUGGGCCUUUUUGUGCUCCGUCCGCCGGAGAGGGCACCCGAAGCCAGUCCUUACACGGGGUUGGAAGGCAUUCAUCAACAGCAAGAAACUUAAAACUGGCGACAAGGUCAGUUUUAUUAAAUGUAAGAAUCGAGCUACCGCAAAAACAUCUUACAGAGUUCGUGCUGAAAAGGAAAUCAAGAUCUUUGGAGCUAUUAUUGGCUAUGCUCCAUUGUAG